UGAAGGGUGCCUACCCAAUAAAUGAGAAAUAGUAUUUGACCAGCUGUGGAAGAAGAGAAGGCAGAGAGGACGUGGGAUACAGUGCGCAGGUCUUCAGAUGCUCGGGUGGAAGUUGUGACAGAAAUAGCUUUCAACUUUUUUUUUUCCUCAGCCCUGACUUUAGCUUCUGGACAGAGAGGCAGCCCAACAGCUGGUGUGUCUGACAGCAGAGACAGAGUUCAGAGAGAGAUGAAAAGAAGGAUUUACCUCUAACAAUGUUGAACCGCCGAGUUGUGAGAGUGAGGAAUCCUCUGAUACGAGAGUGCAUGGCUGAGUUCUUGGGAACAUUUGUCUUGCUGCUCUUUGGCUGCUCUGCUGCAGCACAGGUAAAGACAAGCAGAGAAACUAAAGGGCAGUUCUUGUCCGUCAACAUGGCCUUCUCUGUGGGAGUGAUGUCAGCUAUGUAUCUCACCAAGGGCAUCACAGGAGCUCAUCUGAACCCGGCUGUGUCUCUGAGUUUUUGUGUGUUGGGCCAGGUACCCUGGGGAAGGCUGUUGCCCUACUUUCUCUCCCAGCUGUUGGGGGCUUAUGUGGCAUCAGGACUCGUCUACCUGGUCUACUAUGAUGCUAUAAUGGAAUUUAGUGGAGGAGUAUUGACUGUCUACGGCCCAAAUGAAACAGCCUCUAUAUUUGCCACAUAUCCCACAGAGUACAUAACUUUGGGCGGAAGUUUCCUUGACCAGGUAGUGGGCACUGGCAUGCUGAUGUUGUGCAUCCUGAGUUUGGGUGAGAAGAGAAACACCCCGGCUCCCCCGGAGCUGAUACCUGCAAUAGUGGCAGCGAUUGUCCUGGGGAUCUCCAUGUCAAUGUCAGCCAACUGUGGCGGUGCAAUAAAUCCAGCUCGGGAUCUUGGGCCGCGCCUUUUCACACUGACUGCAGGCUGGGGCACUGAGGUCUUCACGUGUUACAACUACUGGUUCUGGGUGCCCCUGGUGGCCCCACUUAUAGGAGGUGUUAUAGGGACAUUCAUGUAUCUGAUCUUCAUCCAAUGGCAACUGCCUGACCCCGACCCUCCUGAGAGGCUCACCCCUCUCUCUACCAUCAGUGAUAAAGUCCUGCAGCCCAGCACAAUGUGGGACAAUGGAGAGGACUUAAAGGCAGCACAUCUGUAAUUGUUACUGUGAUGAUAAUAUUUUAUAAUGACAGACAGUUAAAGACAAUUAUCUGGUUGUGAGUUUGAGAAAACAAAUCCCUGAGUUUAGCCACUGUUAAGACGAACAUUGCUCUUGUGAUCUUCUUCUGGAUUACUAUAAUUCAGAAAUAUCUUAUUUUAAUAAUGUAUGAUCAAGAAAGAGUUUCUUAAACACAGUCUAAAGAUGUGGAGGCAGCUGUGAGAGAUAAUGAUGAUGCUGUUUACAUUGAUGUCUAUAUUGUUUGUAAUAUUGAUUUUUUUCUGAAUUGUAUUUACUUUUUUAUUAUGCCAUCA